CACGACGUCUUAUAUCUGCACCUUUCAUCCCUCUUUCGUUUCCUUCAAGUUCAAUUGUGAACGGUCAGACUUCCGCUAGUUUCUUCAAAUUGUCUGUAGACACUCUUCUUUGUUUCUUUCGACAAUGGCUACAGAAACUCCGGAUGAGAUAGCGACGAAAGUUCAAGCGAGUCUUGAAAACGGCCCGUUCGCUUGUUCAAGCCUGGUCAAAUUAACUGGCGGGACGGCGAACUUCGUGUAUAGAGGCACAUUGAAAACGAAAUUGGAAGAUGGGACUGAGACGGUGGUUGUCAAGCAUACGGAGGGGUAUGUGGCUUCGAGUCCGGGGUUCAAGUUGACUGAUAGUCGAUGUGAAUACGAGCGCACGAUCUUGACGGAUCUGCAUUCCUUCCCCACUCUCGUCCAUGCUGGGAUUGAGGUUCAGACUCCGCAUCUCUAUCACUUUGACAAGGAUACAAACACGCAAGUGUACAGCGAUCUCCCGUCAUCUCUCGAUCUCAAGACUUAUGUCCUGACUCAUGCUGCUUCUGUCACGAAGCUUCAGUGUGAGCGGUUAGGUUAUGCAUUGGGAGCUUGGUGUAAGGCUUUUCACGUCUGGGGUAAUAGCGAAGAGCGUAGAGAAGUGAGGGAGGAGAUGAAGGGCAAUAAAGCUAUGAGAGAUCUGAAGUUUGUGAUCAAUUAUCAGAGGUUGAUUGCUUCCAUCGAGAGCUUUCCCGAGAUACUCGAGGAAAAGAGAGACUUAUUUGAAGAUGUUGCACAGAGUGUGACGAAGGAGCUGAAUGAGAAGGAGGGAGACCUGAUUCAUGGUGAUUUUUGGAGUGGGAACGUCCUUCUUCCUUCUGGCCCGAUUCCGGAGUCGUCUGAUAAGCAACUGAAAGUCUUUGUGAUUGACUGGGAGAUGUCGCAACUCUCAAUCCCAGCUUUUGAUCUCGGGCAAAUGAUAGCCGAGCUGUACGAGUUGAAACACUUCAAAAACUACGAUGCCGGGGUUUGGCUGAUAGAGUCUUUCAUCAAAGGAUACGGAGAGAUGGAUGAGGAGAUGAAGUGGAAGACGAUCAUUCAUACUGGUGCUCAUCUGAUCUGUUGGGGAACUAGAGUUGCUGGGUGGGGGAGCAAGGAGCAGCAAGAGGAUGUGGUGAGGGUGGGAAAGCAGUGGAUCAUCAAUGGAUGGGAAAGGAAGAAGGAUGCGUUUGAGGGCAUGGUAUUAGGGAGAUUAUUCAAUGAGAAUUAACGAGGAAGAAGUUUAUUAUAAAUCUGCAGGAGUAUACUUGACCCAUCUCAACUCGCCUCGCUUAACAAACGAGAAGCUCAAAACAACAGCAGCAAUAAAACGCAAGGCUUUCCCC